GCUCGAACCCCAGAGCGGAAAGAAAGGAGCUGAGGGCACACGAAGUGGUCGGCGAAAUUGCGACGUGGGAAUCGUCGCCGGAGUUGUUGUUCCGCUAAUUGGAAGUUUGAUGACGCCGCCGUUGGAGCAUUAUUACAUGGGAAUGCAGGAGUUAAGCCCGGAUGUCGGUUCCGGUAAGCCGUUUUGCUCGUCGCCGGCUUCGUCAGGAGACGGAGGGGUGGUGGAGGAGGAGAGCGAGAAGAUCGGGUUGAAUCUGAAGGAGACAGAGCUUAGACUUGGGCUUCCAGGGUCGGAUUCGCCGGAGCGGAUGGAUGGCGUUGGGCUGAGUCUCGGUAUGCCGAGGGGGAUUGUAGCAGGAGCUAAGAGGGGGUUUAAUGCUGCAACCGAAGGAGUUGGGCAGUGGGAUCGUUCCCGUGGGAGUGGAACCGAUGGAGGGAAGCUGUUCUGGCCAGUGGCGGAGAAGGAAGUUGGUCCGGUGGGGAAGGCAGUUGAGAAGAAAAGUAAUGCAGCGGAUCGCGCAAUCGGCCCAGCUGCAAAAGCGCAGGUAGUGGGCUGGCCCCCCAUUAGAAAUUACAGGAAGAAUACUAUGGCUACCAGCCCAAUGAAGAGCAAAGAAGAUGGUGAAGGGAAACCAGGUACGGGAUGUUUGUUUGUGAAAGUUAGCAUGGAUGGUGCUCCAUAUCUGAGGAAAGUUGACCUCAAGACGUACUCCAGCUAUAAGGAGUUGUCUAUAGAGUUGGGGACAAUGUUCAGUAGCUUUACUAUUGGCUAUUGUGGCUCGCAAGCUGUACCAGCCAAAGAUGGAUUAACUGAGAGCCGGUUGGUGGAUCUACUUCAUGGGUCCGACUAUGCCCUUACUUAUGAAGACAAGGAUGGCGAUUGGAUGCUUGUCGGUGAUGUUCCAUGGGAGUAAGUACUAUAUUCAGUAUUCAUUUUUUUCCGCAUAACCACACAUUUAUAUAUGUAGAGUGCGUAUAAAUAAUUUUUAAGAUCUUUGUUAAUUCCGCUCUCAUCGGAUGCUUAAUUGCUGGUAAAUUUUGUCAUCUAGU